UCCUUGUUUUAGCAUCUGCUCUGAGCAACUCACUUUCAACAACGAAACACCUCAAACCUAGCCAUGUCCGUCCAGUGCACGCAGCGGCUUCAGAAGGAGUACCGGAUGAUCCUGAAGGACCCGGUGCCGUACAUUCGCGCGGUGCCGCGGACAUCCAACAUUCUCGAGUGGCACUAUGUCAUCACCGGGCCAGAGAACUCGCCCUACCACAACGGACUGUACCACGGCAAGCUCGUCUUCCCAAAGGACUACCCGUUCAAGCCACCCGCCAUCUCCAUGUUCACCCCCAGCGGUCGCUUCCAGACCAACACAAGACUCUGCCUAUCGAUGAGCGACUUUCAUCCAGAGCUGUUCAAUCCUGCUUGGUCUGUUGCAAGCAUCCUCACAGGUUUGCUCUCGUUCAUGCUGGAAAGCACUCCCACGACCGGCUCAAUCGAGUCGAGCGAUGAGACCAAACGACAGCUCGCGCUGGAAAGUGCGGCUGUCAAUCUCAAGCAGCCCUUGUUUUGCGAGCUCUUCCCAGAACUAGUAGAAGAGAUCAAGGCCAAGGCAGCAGCAGCUGCUGCUGCUGCCGAGACCUCGUCCUCCUCUUCAUCCGCGCCUUCGACGGAGAAUCCAGCCAACAAUGCUCCUGCUUCGCCUGACAACAAGCCAGUGGCUGCGGGAGCUGGAGCUGCCAGUCCUGCACGGAAAAAUAACCGAUCAGCAAAGCACGAUCCCCCGACAUUUCUGAGCAAUGCCGUGGCGGCGAUGCUGAUUGGUGUUUUUGCGGCAAUCGUUUACUGUGUCCUCCAGACUUCUGUGUGAUGGGCACUGUCAUGUUGAGCUGUUUGUGUUUGCCGGUUUUGUCGAUACGUUUCAUGUGAAUACACAUCUCGAAAGUGAGGGGAGGGACAAACGAGCGCACUAAUUUUGUUUUUCGCGACUUUUUCCCCCAGCUCUUGAGAACCAAUAAUGGAA